CCUAUCGAGGUAUAAAAUAGAUUGUCAACACUAUGAAGGAACUCAGUCUAAUAGUUCAUCUCGAAAUCAGUCAAGCUUCAAGAAUUUUACUUACACCACACUCGAGAAUUAUUUUUUGAAAAAAAAAAUGAAAACGGUCGCGAUUAUUCUGUUACUAAGCUUUUCGGCUGCGAUGGCUACACCCACUUUCCAUAAGUUAAAAAGUGUUCUUGGUGGUGGCCUGGGCCUAAAUAUCGGACUGUCUAAACACAUUGGAAUUGGCGGUGGUUAUGGAGGCGGAUAUGAAGCCGGUCAGAGCUCUGGUGGAUAUGCAUCUGGUUAUCGUGGUGGAUAUAGUGGAGGCGGUGGAGGAUACAGCGGAGGUGGUGGAGGAUACUCAGUUCCACAAACCGUUCAAAUUCAUACAGUUGAACAUGUCCCGGUGCAUACGAUUAAGACCGUUCCAGUGCACACUUAUAAAACUGUCCCAGUUUAUACCAGUGGAUAUGGGGGUGGUCAAAGCGGAUAUAGUGGUCAUCAAGGUGGUGGUUAUGGUGGUCAAACUGGUUAUGUAGGCCAAGGCGGAUAUAGUGGUCAAGGUGGACAUGGUAAUCAAGGAGGAUAUUCUGCUCCUGGAGGAUAUAGUGGCUCCGGUGGAAGUGGAUACAGUGGAUCAAAUGCUAAUGCUGAAGCUAGUGCUAAUGCAAAUGCAAAUGCUGGUGGCUCUGGAUGGGGAGGAAAUGGUGGUAAUUUAGGAUACUCAAAUAAUAAUGGUGGAAAUUGUUGCAACAACAACAAUCUUAAUAAUGGAGGAGGAGGAGGUGGUUAUGGCCAACAUGGAAGUUAUUCAACAGCCAAUGCACAGUCAUCAGCGUCAAGUAAUUCUCGUUCCGGAUCUUGGUAGUGUUUAGUUAAGUAGUUUAAAUAAAUUGAUUUUUUAAUUAACAAUAAAAGAAAGAAGAAAAACGUG